AUGCGCGACGCACUGGCCCUCAAAACAAAGAGAAAUAGCUACGCAGAUGUGCUGCGGGCUAUGAGUGGCGAGAAUCGUCUCUCGGAGCUAGGCGCGGAUGUCAAAAGCAUCCGGCGCACUAGAACAGGGGAGAUGAUGCUAGUGUUCAAGAAGGAUGCCAUCACCAAGGGCUCCUCUUACACGGCACUAACACAAGAAGUGCUAGGAAAGAAGGUACAGCCCGUAUUACGGAAUGGAUUCCCUGCUGGAGGCGCUACAGAUGACACCGAGCUCACGCUGUUCAGUGCGACGGGAAACCAGAUUCCGUCGCCCGUCCAGCGGUGGUGGUCCCGUCAAUCAGUGCCGUCAAGUUUUUUUUUUGCGUUUCACUAUCGUGUUGUAACUGCAACGUUUACGCUGAUAGGAUUGGAAUGCAAGCCACCACUCUGUGUUCAUCGUAGACUGUGCUUUGUAACUUCCAACCACUCCAGCGGAUCUCCUGAACCUGGCCUCAUGGCACAAGGUCCACCUCCCCCUCACCACAUGCGAGUGCAGCAUCUUGGACCAGACUCCCGAACAGAUGACGAACUGGUGAGACAGUCGCAGCAGCUCCUGGAGAAGCUACACUACCCCUGGGAGAUGAUGCCCCUGAUGUACGUGAUACUGAAAGGCGCCAACGGGGACGUGGCCAAGGCACACCAACGGAUCGACGAAGCACACGACCUCUGUGUCCUUUACCAUCCUGAUCGCUUUCCUAAGGAGAGACCUGCGGAGUCCAAAAUGAAGAUGAUCGUCACCCUAACGCCUUGCAGCAGCUUUCCGGUGCGAUCGCGGUCCCGCUCCCCGGACAACAACGGUGGUGCCCUGAACCUGGACAUCAAAUCCACCAGAGCUAUGACCAGCACCACCGAGGACGAUGACGUUGCAGGCGAACGAUCCAGCCCGAAGGUCAGCGAAUCUAGCGAGCUGCAGAGUCGUCUGCAGGAAGCCUUUCACAAUCAAAUAGUCGCGGAAUCCGUGGUGGCAAGCGGCAGCGGCUUCCCAUGGAGGAGGAAACGGUACGACUCCUCAGAAACAGGUGAUAUCGAAAUCGAACAUGAUUCGGAGGAGCCCCCACCCCAUAGCAUACAGAGGCAUACCCGUAAGGAUGAUAUGCCAAUGGUUGCCGUUCCCGCCGCUGCCGCUCCCGCUCCCACCGCUGAGGAACAACCGAUGCCAGUACCAAAGAGCAAUGGGCAGAUGAGCUUUCUGAAGAAUGGCCCCGCGAUUACUGCAGUAGAUCCGGUCGCAUUGUUAAAUUUUCGGUAUCCUUAUCCCUACUGGUUUCCGACGCACAGCCUGUUUCACCAGUUUGCGCAUCCACCGCCACGGGGUUUCUGCGAGGAUGCCGCCAGCUUCCAGAAGGAUAUACCGAGCGAUUUAUCGCGGGUGGAUCCAAGCCAUUCGCACCAAUCGUCCGCGGCCGUUGCGUCGAUUCACUAGUAUGAGCCGCCAUCGCCGGUCGAGUGGCACGGUUUCAACGCUGCUUUCUGCUAACCAGUGAACUCCCUGUGGGCACACACUGGGAGGCACUUCGGCUGCUGACGCCAUACACUACUGUUGCUGUGGCAAUGGUGAACGCUAUGUAGUUGCAGCCGAACUGCCGAAGGCUUGGAUCUUGAUGCUGAAGAAGGUUUCACGGAAAGUUUAAGGCGAAUUUUAUCGUAACGGUGACGAUUGGCAGCAGCCUACAUCUACCUAGCAAACGUAUGUUAUCUUUAAGUUUUAAAACUAAAUGUUUCACCAAAACAGAGAAAAAAAUUCAUGUUGUCAUGGUAUUUGAUAAAAAAAAAUUCAUUCAUACUAGUUUGGAAACGUACUUCUGGAAAAAAAAAGUUAUUGGCAACUCUCAAAUCUCAAACCAAAAAAAAAAUGAAUGCAAAUUCUCAUUAAAAAUGUACGCUAAAAGAGUUACUCAAACCAAAUUUGGCAUCGAACACUUACAUAUAUGAAUCAACCAAAUGAAUGAAAGCUACAGAAACUAAAAGUUCAAACUGUGAUAAAACAAGAAAAAAAAACAAGAAGAACGAGCAUGGGGAUUGAAGAUGAUGGUAAAAUGAUCAUCAACCACAUCGAGACCCCAGGGAAGUGACAAUCGUAACCUGUUGUAGUCAGAGUAGCGUGCUGUGACUGUCGCAGUGCGUAAGCCAAAUGCCGAUUUUGACACAGGCUAACGGCGAUGAAAUCAGCUGACGCUGCAUAAAUUAUCCUGGACUGAUAGAAAAUCAAACUCUCAUUGACACUGUUUUGGAGAGUAACAAUUUGGUCAUUGAAACAUUUGAGUCACAGUAAUCAUCAUUAUCAGCUUGAUAUUGAACAGCCUCCUAUGACAGUCCAAUGACAGUGAAGGUGAUGCAAUAUCAGUAUCCAUCUGACAGUCGGACUGAUAUUGCGCAACUCUGGUUGUAUCAGCGUUGCCAUUCAUCCUGGUUUUGUGCUUCUCUGAAGCAUUGGAAAUGCUUUUAAAAACCAAUGUGACAGCUUUUAGGCAGCUCUGUUAAUACUACUGGGAAGUACCCAGGUAACAACUUGAUGCUGUACAAACGUGUCUCCAACUAUUUUAAAUCAGCUUUCAUUUGAACGAAAGCUGAAUCCUAUAUUCAGCUCCUAUACAUCUAAUUCUGGUGAUUUUAUUCAACUUUUAGCAGAUUUGAGGUUCACUAAAAGGCUGUUUUAAGGCUUAUUAUGCGCUUAAUCAGCAAUCAUGUUUAUUUAUUAAUUAUGGAAAAAUAAAAACACAUUCGUGAGCCCAUUUUUACCUUUAGCGGUCAUUGUGUUCAGCCACUGACACCAUUAACCAGCCAAUGUUCAGCCAAUACUCUCACUGUUCAGCAUCCAUUGUUACUUGGGUAGUGCUUCCGAGAAGCAUUGCGAAUGCUUGUGGAAAGCAUUUCUAGUGCUUCUGGGAAGUACACCGCACAGGGUUUGAUUACGUGAAAUAAUUUUCGAUUGUUGCUUCCCCGAUAUUGAAAAACAGAAUACAUGGGAUAUUUGAAAUGGUUCUCCGGUGAAUAUUCUUUGGUAUGUGUAGUUCUAUAUGAUCACCAUCAUUACCACCGUCAUUGCUAGUAGAUUGAAGCUGGCAUGUUGUCCUAAUAUUACUGAAAUCUUCACCUAUUGGAGUUUUCCAUUGGCUUGAUGGAGCAUAUGCUUUGGAUAUUAGUUUUAUUCGAUAAACCGUUUUCCUUACUAUUCUUUAAAAUAGUAAAAAUUAUCUGUCGAAUUGAGGAAUAAAUUUAAAUCAUACUCAGUCGUUGGUGGUUCCUUGGAAAGGUUUCGCUGUAGGCCAAAUUAAGCACCUAAAUUUAUGAACAGAUUCCAAACAAUCUCAAAUCUAUUCUUGGUUUAAUCUACUUUAUUGUUUUCAUUUCCUAUUAAGUUUACUUUCGUAUGUAUGUAUAUCACUGGUGAUCACUUGUUUUAGUAGACGUUAGAUUGAUGCAGAAGAUUACACGACAGUGACCUUUUCUUUUGUAGAGUAGUGUCUCCUAGACGAAGCGGGCGUUUUCUUGUUCGUAGGUUAACGAGAUUUUGACCCCAAAGCUCUUCACUUAAAUAGUAGAAUCACAUCGGUUAAUAGUACAGCAAAAUUGAGGUUAGGUUCAAAGCGUUAACAGUUAGUUAAAUUGUAAACUUUUACUUAAACUAGAGAGCAGGCAAAACAAAAUUUUGUACAGUUAAGGUAAGGUAGAUGCACGAACGAAUAGAAAACAAACAAGGUGGUUAAAAAAGGUACGAAUUGCUGUUUCAUGCUCGCUUUGAUACGAACGUGUGAAAUGUCUCCCAUGGAUGAUGUUUUAGCAAUUGAAAUGUGAUAUUCAUGUUGAAAUGUAUUAUUGUUUUUUUCGUUUGUGCGUACCAUUUUUGGCUUUAAGAUGAAGAAAAAAUAAUAUGUAGGUACUGCAACCAACGUCAUCGAUGAUUUGUACAAUUUUAGACAACUAGGAAGCCUGGCAUCCACAGAUCGAAUUUAAGUCCUGAGAGGAGAGAAGAAGAGUCACAUUAAAUGAGAUUCGUAGAUAGUACACACCCUAUUGGAAGCAUUCUAAAUAUUUGAUCUCCACCGAUUGGUAUUUUUUCUUAUGUUCCUUAUAAACUGCAAAACGAAGAGAAGUAAAGAAACGUCAAAUUAUGUCCAAAAUUCUCGUCCAAACGCUAUGAUAAAAGCAAAAGAAACAAAACAAAACCAGUUCCAUUGAUAAAGGAAACAAAUUCAUUUCGACUGUAGCUGUACAGAAGACUAGGAUUAAUCCCCCUCAGAUGGAAACAACUGCAUCAGAGCCGAUCACCCAAAACAUAACCUACAAAACGAAACUCACCGCUCCAGAAAGUGAUCCCCAGCUGUAAAUAGCCCCGGCCCAUAUCUCCCGAAAACCCUAUUUGAAAACUCAUCCAACAUAUAUUUAAUGUAGCCACAGAAACGAAUUUACCUAGCAACUUAAAACAUCAAUAAAAUAUUGAAAACAAACACAAAAACAACCCACUAGUGGUAAGCAAACAAUAGAAUAAUUCAGAGUUGUACACAACGUCGUCAACUUCAAUGGUGCAAAACAAACCUGUUUAACAAAUACAAAUAACACGCGACGAGUGUGGAUUGAGUAAAUUGCGCACUCUCACACAACCAUGCAGAGUCAGAGAUCCACGUAAUAACGUAAUAAAACAAACACACACACACACCCACAGAAAGAGAGACAGUCCGCCACGCCGGGUUCGCCCGAGCAAACAAAACACGAGUGUUUUUCUUUCUUUUCUUUCUCUUCGGUUUUCGAGAGUUUAGAAUGUAGUAGUUGAUAGGUAAUUUAUUAAGGCGAAACACAAUUACAAACUACCAGAGCGUACUUGCACUACUUAUAGUUAUUUCAAACAGCGAUUCAGGUUUUAAGUUUUGUGUUUCGUACCGAUUGUGCGCGCGCGCCCCUUUUUAGCCCACCACUUGUAGGAAAUCCGAUCCGCUAGCAACCAGAGCAGAAACAGGGAGAUACUGGAGGGGAAAAGAGAGCGAAGAAUACAAACAAAAAGGUUUAUGCAAUACAAUGGUUAUUACUUUACUGUUAAUUUUGUAAAACUUGAAAGAGCUGUACAUUAGCACCGGCAGAAGAGUAUGCAUCAAGCGCCAGAAAAUGGAAAAAGAAGAAAUAAAUUAUUAUUUUAAAUCAUG